AUGUCUAAUUCAAAUGAACAUAAAGACCCUUCUGGGGGAAAGACCGCCGAUGAAAUUAUAGUUGAUAUUAAUGGAAAGAAGGUGCCAUUAUCCAAAAUAAACAAACCACAUAGGGUAAUUCAUCCUAAUCCGAAAAACUUUCCUAAAGUUGAGAAGGAAGCUGAACAGAAGGAAGAUAAAAAGGCUUUUGACCAAGCAGUUUUGGAUCCAGGUAAUCAGAAACAACAAUUUGAUGCUGCAUCUUUCCCAGACGUGGAACCAGAGGCUAAAAAGAGGGAAGCGGAAUUGGAAGAAGCUCGUGCAAAGAAGGAUGAAUGA